AUGGAGGACCAUCAGUCUGUUAAAUCUUCAGAUGGAUCCAGUAAUGGGAACUCACCAGAGAGAUGUCCCCGUCCUCUGUAUUCCCCGGACUCCACACAGGAACAUCAGGAGAUCCCUCAGGAGGAUCAGGAAGAUGAGAAGGAUGAAAAUCUGGUUUAUGUCAAAGUUGAGGUUAAAGAGGAAGCAGACGAGACAGAUGGGAGGGAUAAUAAGGCGGAGGAGAUUCCUGUAGAGAUUGGCACAGAUGGACGAUACAGAAAGUGCAACAUGGAGAAACAUCUCAUUAUAACUCAAGAUGGUGAAACAGAAGACGAUGAGAUCCCCGAAGAUUACACAGGAGAGAGCCCCACGAUGCCAAACCACCCUGUAGAGAAGCCAUAUUCAUGCGACAAAUGUAGAAAGUGUUUCACUCAAAAAUCUUUUCUCCAGAGGCAUCAGAAAUGGCACAGCGGCGAUAAGCCCCAUUCCUGCCCUGUGUGUGGGAAAUGCUUUACGCAAAAAUCCGAUGUUGUCAGACAUCAGAGGACUCACACAGGAGAGAAGCCAUAUCCAUGUUUCAAGUGCGGGAAAUGCUUUUCUCAAAAGUCUUUUCUCAUAAGACACGAGAAAGUUCACACAGGGGAGAAGCCGUAUGCCUGUUCUGAAUGCGGGAAGUGUUUUACGGAAAAGUCAACUCUGGUCAUCCAUGAAAGAAGCCACACCGCUGAGAAGCCUUUUUCCUGCUCCGACUGUGGUGAAUGCUUCCCUAGGAAAGACAGCCUUUUGGCGCACCAGAGGUCUCACACGGGCGAGAAGCCCUUUUCAUGCUCCGUGUGCGGGAAAUGCGUCUCUUCCAAAUCUCAGCUUAUUAGGCACCACAGAAUUCACACGGGGAGAAACCUUUUUCGUGUCCGAUCUGCGGGAAAUGCUUCACCCACAAGUCAAACCUUGUUUACCACGAGAGGACUCACACAGCUGAGAAGCCACACACGUGUCCCGAAUGCGGAAAAUGUUUCACCCAGAUAGGGAACCUUAUUUCACACCAGAGGUCCCAUUCGGGGGAGAAGCCGUUUUUCUGCGCCGAGUGCGGCGAAUGUUUCUCCAGGAAGUCGUCCCUCAGCAGACAUAGAAAAGUCCACACCGGGGAGAAGCCGUAUACGUGUCUCGAGUGCGGGAAGUCUUUUGCCGAAAAGUCGCACCUGGUCACACAUGAAAGAAUUCACACCGGAGACCGGCCAUUUUCCUGUUCCCAUUGUGGGAAAAGCUUUACGGAUAAAUCGGAUCUGGUUAAGCACAUUAAACGCGUUCACGUUCUGACCAUGGAAAACGGAUCCCAGCAGGAUCCUUCCUUAUCUGAUAUCUAG